AUAUCAGUGUGGUUCUCUUCACAAAUACUUAAUUCCAUGAUUCGGUUAGUAGUCAGGUGAACUCGGAACGUAGACUCCGAGCAUGGGACCGAAAAAGAUCGAGAAGACAUGGGUCCCGAUAGCGAUAAGCUGCCUCUUGUGUCUACUCUUCUUCGCUAUUUCCUUCAACAUGGGCCUAGUCGUCUCGUUCCAAUCCGUUAGUUCGAUCCUAUCGGUUUUCCCUCUAUCAACGAACUUCACGAUCAGAUCAUGCGAGUCCCGGCUGGACAACAAGGAUUCUGAGGCAUCCUUGAACUACGCAAUCCCUCGUUUCGCGUACUUCUUGUACGGGUCGAAGGGUGACCUGGACAAGCUAUGGAGGACUCUCCAGGUGCUGUAUCACCCGAGGAACCAUUACCUCUUGCACCUGGACCGUGAGUCACCGUUGGAGGAGAGGUCGGAGCUCGAGUCCAGGGUGGAGAACGACCCGAUCAUGGCGAAGGUCGGGAACGUCCAAAUGAUCAAGAAUGCGAACAUGGUGACCUACAGGGGACCCACCAUGGUCUCGAAUGUCCUCCAUGCUUGUGCCAUUUUUCUCAGGAGCACUAAGGACUGGGAUUGGUUCAUCAACCUCAGCGCCUCAGAUUAUCCUCUUGUAACUCAAGAUGAUUUGCUCCACACGUUCUCGAAUAUAAGCCGGAACUUGAACUUCAUCGAGCACACGAGCCACCUGGGUUGGAAAAGAGAAAGACGCGGAAAACCCUUGUUCAUAGAUCCGGGGCUAUACUCCGCAACCAAGUCGGACGUAUUGGAGCUCAAGGAGAGGAGAGCAUUGCCAACUGCAUUUAAGUUGUUUACUGGCUCGGCAUGGAUGGUUCUCUCUCGAUCGUUCGUGGAAUACUGCAUCUGGGGUUGGGACAACCUGCCUAGGACUCUUCUAAUGUACUACACCAACUUCGUCUCGUCUGCAGAAGGAUACUUCCAGACGGUCAUCUGCAACAGUCCCGAGUUUGUUCACACUGCCAUCAACCACGACCUUCACUACAUCUCCUGGGACAGGCCGCCGCGUCAGCAUCCUCGGACUAUCACUCUCAGGGACCUUCCCAGGAUGAUCGAGCUUAAUGUUCCUUUUGCCCGGAAGUUCGGGCAGGAACACAUGGUGGUUAUGGAUAAGAUUGACAGAGAUCUGCUAGGCCGGAAGAAUGGCAGCUUUACGCCAGGUGGCUGGUGUGUAGGCGAGAACUGUUCGGACGUUGGAGACCCGACGAGCCUCAGGCCUGGUGCUGGAGCCCUGAGGCUGAGGGCCAUCAUGGCUAGGCUGCUGGCUAACCAGACGGGUCAAAACUACUGUAAAGUGUGAACCAGGCGUUCUUAAAUCUCACGUUCCUAGAUUUCUGACAUUUAUACGGAGAAGACAUUUUUCCUUUACUCUUCUUCAUAAUCAAGCAAUGUAAAGCAUAAUCUUUCCCACAUGCAUACAAUAAAAAAAAAUUAAAAAGAGAGAGAGAGAAUAAUCUUUAGUAUCAAUUACGUAAUUCAUUUUCCAAUGGAGAAUAACAUCUUAAGAAUAAAUUUUUUCUUCAUAAGA